CCGCUCUCUGCUUCUCCCAGCAUCUGGAGGCAGAAGUUGCUUCUGGCGCUGGGAGUAGGCGGGUGCUGAGUGUAGACAGGCCUCCGUCGCGGCUCUCCCCGCCUCCUCCCUGCUCUCAGAGACAGAGCCACACGCCUGCUCUCGCCGUCUUCCCCAGAGCUCCCGCCGGCAAGAUGCCACCCUCCAGCCUGGCGAUGGUGAGCGGCCAGGCGCUCCCGGCCUUCCUGCUCUGCAGCACGCUGCUGGUCAUCAAGAUGUACGCAGUGGCCGUCAUCACCGGCCAAGUACGGCUGCGGAAGAAGGCUUUUGCCAACCCCGAGGAUGCCCUGCGACACGGAGGCCUCCAGUAUUGCCGGAACGACCAGGACGUGGAACGCUGCCUCAGAGCCCACCGGAACGACAUGGAGACCAUCUACCCCUUCCUGUUCCUGGGCCUCGUCUACUCCUUCCUGGGGCCCGACCCUUUCGUGGCCCGGAUGCACUUCCUCAUCUUCUUCCUGGGCCGCAUGGUGCACACCGUGGCCUACCUGGGGAAGCUGCGGGCGCCCACCCGCUCCCUGGCCUACACCCUGGCCCAGCUCCCCUGCGCCUCCAUGGCCCUACAGAUCGUCUGGGAAGCAGCCCGCCACCUGUGACCACCAGCUGACACCUCCUUGCCGCCAGACCGCUGACCAUGAGCCUCCCGGGGGACUGGGCAUUCUUUCGAGAUUGUGAUAGGCCCUGGGGCCUGGCUUCCUGGCAAACUGCUAAGCGUGGGGCCCUGG